AUGGAAUACCUAUUAAAAUUUGAGCUUAAAUACUUUUCUCAAUAUGUGGAUAAUAUUCCAGUUAUCAAUGGGAUAGAAACUCACAUGAGUAAGUUGGAUUUUCUGAAAUGGAAACAUUAUUCAACUAAGGAAAAUUUUAUCUUUCAAUUAGCUAUCUCUCAGGACAAGACUUUUUCGAUAAAUAUUUUAAUGAAUGGAUCAAUUAUUAUUGAUUCAGUGGAAUUAAACACACAAAACGUAGAUCGACAGACUUUCAAAAAAAUUCAAUUUUCUGUUAAUUGUCCAAUGAUAUCAUGUAAAUAUUUUAAUCAUGAUUCCAUGUCAAACAUAUUUCAAAGAAGGUUUCAGAUGACAUUAAAGUCUGAAUCAGAUUUUAGUACUUUGACAAAUAUUUUAAGACAAAUGGGGUUCAUCGUUAAAAAUGCAAAAUUAUUAAGCAAUAAAGUUGAAAAGGAGAAUUGUAGUUUGAAUAAUAUUGCUGGAAACAUAUUAUCACCAUUAGUUGAAUCUAGUUUUAUUUCUAGUUCUAAAGAUAAUUCGUACUUUAAGCACCUAAAAAGUAGAUCAAAUAAUACCAAUGUUGAUGAAACAACGAUACCUUUGUUAGAAACACAGAGUAAAGAUUUUGCGCCUAGAUCAAUUGUACAUCACUCAGUUGAAUCUAUCGCACCCAAUACUAAUAUUCCAGACAUAUUCUGUAAUCAUUCAGAACAAAACACUUUUCUAUUGAGAGUUGAAAACUCUAAUAUGAAUAAAAACUGCUCACAAGAAAAUUCAUUUAUUGGAACAUUUGGUAAUUCUACUGGUUUGAUUAAUUCGAAUUUAGAGGAGAGAACAAACAAGAAAAACGAAAUUAAUAAUCAUAAUGUUCGAAACAAUUUAGAUAAAGAUCUUGAAAAGGGAGACGAACAUACACGGACUGAGAAUAGUGGCCUACCCCAAAAUAGAACAUAUGAUCAAGAUCGGAAGCAAACAAUAAGUCAAGAUAUUGUUUCUCAAAAGGAAGCUUGUAAUGUAGUAUCCAAUAAUGAUAGUACUAAUCAAACAGAAAAUUUAAGGAAAAAAGUUCAUAUUACCAGAAAAUUAAUUAAAACAAAACUUAAAGAUAAAAAAUUUCGAAAAUUGGUAUGUAUCAAUUACUAUUAA